UCUCGUUCUUUUUUUUGGCACUUUUAAUCCUGUAACGCAAAGAGUAAAAGCAAAAGAACGAAUAAAUUUAAUGUUCUGCCCAUGGAAGGCUGGAAUGCUCGUUGGCUUACAAAAAAAUUCGUUGCCGGUGCGGUAUUCGGAUUUACAGUGGCGUAUGUUUUGAUCACCCCGUUGAGUAUUCUUCCACAUGGUCGACCAGAUGGUCUACACGGGGAGGAUGAAAUUGCUCAAGGGCUGACAAAAACAGUUCGUGUUCUUUGCUGGAUAAUGACAGGACCUAAAACUUAUGAGACGAAGGCCCGGCACGUUAAAGCCACAUGGGGGAAAAGAUGCAACAUUAUACUUUUCAUGAGUUCUGCAAACGAUUCAAGUUUGCCAACUGUGGUGCUUUCUAUGAAGGAAGGCAGAGACAAUCUAUGGGCAAAAACCAAAGAAGCUUUUAAAUUCGUAUACGAGAAAUACAAGAACGAGGCCGAAUGGUUCAUGAAGGCAGAUGACGACACUUACGUAAUUGUGGAAAAUCUUCGUCACAUGCUCUCGUCUUACGAUCCAAAAUCGCCGCUUUAUUUCGGCUGUCGUUUCAAGCCCUUUGUGAAACAGGGCUAUAUGAGCGGAGGAGCUGGUUACGUGCUCAGCAAAGAAGCUCUAAGGAAAUUUGUUGAGGAGGCGUUGCCGGACAACUCAAAAUGUCGAGGCGAUGCGGGAGGUGCGGAGGACGUCGAAAUGGGAAAAUGUUUGGAAAAUGUUGGUGUAAAAGCCAUGGACACGAGGGAUCCUCACGGACGGGGUAGAUUUUUUCCAUUUGUACCGGAACAACAUUUAAUACAGAGUCCAGUUGACAAAAAUUUUUGGUACUGGAAAUAUAUUUAUUACCCGACUAAAUUCGGGCCGAAUUGUUGCUCGGACAGCCCUAUCUCGUUCCAUUACGUAUCGCCAAAUAUGAUGCACGUAUUAGACUAUUUCAUCUAUCACUUGAAAGUAUGUGAUAAGAGUUUACUGUGAAAAUCGUGACUGUGAGCCUAAGUUUUUUUUUCAAUCCAUAUACAGUGGUAAUCAAGGUAGAUCAUGCCCGAAGGAUCGUAUUUUAUGGGUGUCUAAAUUGGACCGAAUUUUACUUUCUAAUUAAUAAAGAUAUAGUCGCUUUAAAUUGAUGUCAGAGUUAUUAAUUCGAAAUUGCAAAUAAAUUUUUUCAACUUAUCUUUUGACGAAUGACAUUACAAGCCGUUAAUUAAUCGAGGAUCCAUCACCGACUGAAUCCAAAAUUUCAUUCGUCCCUGGCGAAAAUACUGCAGCUUUUCAUGUGAAAAAUCGCUUCAAAGAGCGCAAAGGGAAAUGGAUAAAGAAAAAAAUGUUAAUAAAAAGACAGAAGGCUGUCACAGGAAUGGGCCAAGUCGAGAAGAAUGAAGAUGCCGAAAUAAGCAAACGCGAGGUUACGAGUGCUCAUUUCACCAAUUUCGCUCAAUCUUUAACGUAAUGAAUAGCCAAACGGCGGAGUGCUGACUUCAAAUUCUUCGUUUUCUUGAAAUAUCAAGCGUGUCCGAAAAAAACGUGUAUCGACGCCUCAGCUAUCGAUCCCUAAUCAUGCAACUGUUACAGCAUCUCAACCGAAGUAGAAACGAAUGAUUAAGUAUUCGUCAGCUGUCACGUUCGUGAAUUUUAUGACCUUGCCACUGUGACUGUAGAACUAUGAAUGAAAAGUCAAGAACAUUGGGAAGAUUGGAGUAUAGUCAGUGCCACAUUCACGAAGGAGCUUAAAUAUCAAAGAAUUUUCAACCACUUUUAUGAGUGAUGGUGAAAAAAAAAAACAACAAAUAAAUAUGAAAAUUUUGAGCGAAAAAAUGUACCUCGAUAGGUGAGAAAAUAUUGACGUCUCUGGCACGCCUCCAGCUAGAGAGUCCCAAAUAGUCACAGGAUCGAAAGGAAUGAAAAUAUAAAAAAACGUGAGAUCGUAACCUUCUGCGAAAUGCCAUAAUUCGUCGAACCUCAAAGAAAUCACAAGAAGAGAAAUUUUUUUGUCAAGACACAGCGUACGUCACGCUACUACUACAAAUAAUUUGCUUAGUUAAUACAGUGACGACAAAAUUAUUUGCUGCUGUGACAAAAGUUGUGCGUCAAGUGUGUCAUGUGUCGCGUUAAUCGGCGAAGAACGAUUUCAAUAAAAUCGUAUUUUACGGUAUAACGAUAAAUGGCCAAACUCUGAUCAAAAUUUCGUGAAGACGGGGCGGAAUAUCGAGAGAAUAUGAGUUUGAAAAAAAUUUAUCGGAAUUUCGUGAAAACAGUCGUAAAAAUUUGGUUGAGCAAUAAAAAUUUGAUUGACGGUUAAAACAGUCGAUAUUGAUGGCUUACAAACGGACCGAAAACCGAAAUUUUAUGGGUCUUUAGCAUUAUUAUAUCCGGAGGCUUAUUUAUAAACGUAAUAAAAAUAUUUUGUUUGUAAAUUGCCAAGAGAACAACUCAAAUUUGUUAGAUGCAUUGUCUGCUACGUUCUUUCGCUCUUUUUCUUCAGACCUGUCACAAUAAAGUUCAAACAGAUGUUCAGAGACUCGUCGAUUCCCUCUUUUUUUCAUGGUAUCAAAAUACGAAUCAUCAGAAUGCAGCAGGUGCCUAACAGCUUUGAAAUUUUGUCAAACUGUAUGCGUAACUUUUUGUCCUCGGGAACACUUCCAAAUUUUUCCCCCACUACAGAGAGCACUGAAGUCAGUCCGUAAGUCAAAAUAAACAAAUCGAGAAUGAUUUGUGUGAGAGACACUUUUGACUUGAAUUUCACGGUGACAGCUUUGUCAACGGAUCACUCCAGCGCUCUGGUAUAAUAAUCAAACUAUCGCUGGCUGUGC